AUGCCGCCAUGGGAAACGUACCUUGCGCGGCCACCGCUGCAGGCGCAGGUUUCUUAUCCGCAUGACACGUGGCAGAGCGCCGUAUCGUGCGACAGUUUCGCACACGACGCGGGUUCGUGGCAGCACACCAUCGCUCAAGCCCCCCCGCCACUACCCGCCUACCUCUCCUCCGCGCUUUCCGCGCUCGCUUCUGCGCAUCCCUCUCAUCUUCCGGACCGCGCAUUCUCCCCAUCUCUCCCACACCACGCGCAAGGCCAAGCCCUCUCCGGGCCGUCGGUGCUUCCGCCGAGCUUGCCCUCCGCGCCCUUCACGUCGUCCGCCUUCGCCUUCCCCUCACUCGCCCUCGAGACCUCUCUCUCCGCGCUCUCCCUCUCUCUCCGCUCGCAGUCCCCGCCUGACCUACCCGCGCGCCCUUCUCUCCCCCACGCCGCUUCCGCGGGGUCUCUCCGCGCCCUGGCUUCCGCCGCGGUGUCCGCGCCCACCUUUGUGCCAUCUGCGCCGUGUUCGGCGGACUAUGACAGCAGCAGCAGCGGUCGUCGCAGCGCGAGCUUGAUUCCCUAUCCGGGGGAAAAGGCGACACACGCUACGUCGUCGGGUUCGAGUCCGUCGUCGCCCGCGUCGUUCGUGUCGUCCGUUUCGUCGUCAGUCGCCGGCCAUGCGACGACGGCGGAUUUGUCGCACGACUCGCUUCCUGCCGACAACCCUUGGUACGUGUCGUCGCCUGCGACGUUGGCCCCCGCGGAUGGCGCAAAGGGCGAGGCUGGCGCAGCGGCGGCUGGAGGCGGAAAGGCAGGUUCGGGGGAGGCAGCAGGCGGAGAGGAAAUUCCUUAUGCGCUUCCCCGCGCAGUUGGCAGCACGGUGGAAGAGCCGGUUGCGGCGGGCGCGGCGCAUGCGGCACACCCGACACGCGAGACACCGGCGACACAUGCGGAGGAGGUGGAACGACUUCAGCAGGCCGUUCGGCGGGCGGAAGCUGCUGCGGCGGAAGCGCAGCAGGCGGCUGCGAUGGCGCAACUGGAAAUGGCGCAGAUGCAUCGCGCGUGCGGGGAGCAUGCGCGGCAGGUGGUGCGCCUGCGGCGCGAGCUGGAUUCCGCGGGAGACGCGCACCUGCAGCUAGCAGCGGAGGUGGCGUGUCUGCGCGGGGAGCUGGCGGGCGCGGGGGAGGUGGCGGCGCAGCAGGCGGGACAGGCGGCGCGGCUGCGGCGGGAGCUGGAGGGGACGCAGUGCGUGGUGGUGCGGCAGGCGGCGGAGGCCACUCAGCUGCGGCGCAUGGUGAAGGCCGUGCACGCGCUCGACCUGGUGCAUCUGGAGGACUUCGCCAUCGCAGCGUUACAGCACGACCUCAAGGCGGAGGCGCGCCGCGGCCUGCCGGCUGCGGACGCGGCGCUGUUAGAUGCGCCGGACGAGUACGGCGGGUGCCGGCAGUUCUACCAGACGGGCUGCUGCCACUUCGGCCGCGGGCGCCGCCCGUGCCCCAACGAGGCGAGUCAUUUCUGCCUGCGCUGCGGCCGCGCGCACGGCACGGCGCCGCACCUCGUGCUGCUGAGACGCCUCAACGAUCGCUGCCUGCUGCCGCAGUGA